UUAAGAGGCGGGGGUUAUGAUAUGCUUGUUUUCUGUUAAAAGUGAGAACAACUGUGUUUUCUGAGGGAUGUGUGUAAAAUCUUAUUUUUUCUGUCAAGAUUAUCUCGAAUAAUACACACGGACAAAAUUUUUGUAAUAUAUAAUAUGUAAUAUUUGUAAUAUAUACCGUUAUAUAUAAUAACGGUAUUCAAAUAUUUUCACCAAACUGUGAGCAAGAAGCUUUAAGAACGUGUAUGGAGUUCUAUAGCCUUUUGAUAAAGUAAUACUGCUUGGCUGGAUGAAUGGAUGAUUUCAAUUUGAUAUCAUACCGAAGUGUGCAUUUCACAUUACUUCCGUAUUUACACUGUGUCCACAAUUUAACUGGAUCUCUUAACAGGAGGCAUAUAGUUAUAGUCAGUCAUUUAACACAUUUACAAUUAUGAAUCUGGUUUACUUACAAAACAUUGUGCUUCUUUUUUGUGCUUAUAUUGUUAAAGUUUCGUCAGAGCUGUCUUGUGAAACACAUGAUUUGCAGGCACUCAUGCUUCGAUUGCGACAAAUAAAGAUAGAAUCUGAAGCAAAAAUUAAAGAAUUGACGAACAGGAUUGAAUUCCUAGAAAAUAGGUUGGAAGAAAGAAAAGGUCAGUCAAUGGUGGCAUUCCAUGCCUACCAUGUGGCAAACAUAACACCAAGCGAACAGUCAAUUAUGGUAUUUUCCAAAGUUCGUCUAAACCAGGGAGGAUCAUACAACCAAUCUACAGGCAUUUUUAUCGUUCCAAAAAGUGGAACAUAUAGAUUCUACGCCCACAUGUGUACCAGAGUUUAUAACGAAGGGUACAUGAUAUUUGAUAUAAUGAUUGGAAGGAUUGCAUAUGCAACUGCAUAUGGGUCUCUUCCCGUGACCAGCAAUGCAUUGUGUGAUUCGGCACAGGCUGUUGCAUAUUUGGAAAUCAACGAUAUCGCUUUUGUUAGGUGGAGCGGCAACAGUAGUAACAUUUGCCAAAGUACUGCGUGUGAUAACACGUUCUCAGGAUCAUUGAUUAAUAACUAAAACGUUAGCAGUUGGUUUUCAAACUGACACUUUAUUAUUUCAUCACUUAUUACACAAAUUUAUUCAUCUUCUAUUCACUUUAACGCAGAUUAACGAGAUGUUAUUCUAUUAUAUUUCAUAUUUCAAAGCAGUAAGUCUAGAGGUUUCUUGUUUUGUGUUGUUGUUGUUGUCUUUAUUAGGAAUGCUUCAGCAUGUAGGUUAAUCUAGACAUGAUUUCGAAUUUAAUAUUCUGAAACUUAUUUCAUAAUCUGAGCCGUGCCAUGAGAAAACCAACAUAGUGGCUUUGUGACCAGAAUGGAUCCAGACCAGCCUGCACAUCCACGCAGUCUGGUCAGGAUCCAUGUUGUUCUCUAACAGUAUCUCUAUUGCAAUAGGCUUUGAAAGCGAACAGCAUGGAUCCUGACCAGACUGCGUGGAUGCGCAGGCUGGUCUGGAUCCAUGCUGGUCGCAUGGCUCAUCUGUUGUUUCAUAAUGUCUGACAUGAGCAUUCGAGCACUCCGUGUGAUUGAUGCAUUAAGAGACAGGGAAUCAAACAUUGAUAUUUAACAAAUAAUCAAGGCCUUCGUGUGGUUUAUCACCUAAUUUACCACGGUUCAGAGUUCAGAUGCGUAGGAAUUGAACCACGAGAACAUUAGCCCAAGUGAUUAAAUACUGAAGCAUCUGAACGAUGUAUCGUGAUCAGUUAGACGACAAAAGACAAGAAGGUCUUGGUUGUUUUCAUUCUGACAUGUUCAUUGACAUAUUUCAAUAAAUAUUAUGCUGGACCUAAUUUUCACCAGAAAUAAUGUAUUAGACGUCAUGCGGCAAUAUGACGUCAUAAUUGACAUCAUAAUGCUCUCUUACCGGUCCGCGCGUCAACCGUUGCUUAACGCAGAGUUUACAAAGCUUGGUUUUUCUUUGUUUAACUGGAAAUCAAAUCGAGCCAUGUUGGAAUAUGAUAUGUAAAGUUACUUUAAUUGUUUUGAUGGACUGUCCGGAAAAUACAAUAGAAAACAAAUUGUAAAAAUAGCAAUGAAUGACAGCAACAAAAUAUGUUUGUGACAAGGUUUCAAAAAGCAAACAUUUCUUUUAGUAAUUAGAUUCCUCAAAAGGGAUCGCAUCAUAAGGAAUUUAUUACAAAAUACACAAUAAUUGUUUAAUCUAUGCUAACAUUUCCUGUUAGCAUUUUAAUCAGUUUUGUUGUAAGAGUUUACACCUUUUCCCUGUUAUUCAGGCCAAUGAGAGUAUUUACUAACCUGCAAAAAGAUAUAUCGACCGCGGGCGUAUUCCGACCGAAUCUGAAACGUCACAGUUGUUAAGGAAAGAGUAAGAAGUCCAAAACAUUUGCAGCGUUUCUUCUAGUUUACACAGUUGUCUAAAAUUGUGUACUGCGUCACUUUAAUUAUGGUGUCAAUUUAUCAUGGCGUCAUUGCUGCUGGUAAUUUAAGUGUCUUAUUGGCUCUGCCUACUAGUAAGAACGACUUGAUAACCUGUUAAAUAGCGGAAAAUUUUGAAUAUGUGUUUAUAGAGCAUGGUCAAACAUAAAUAUAUUAAUGUAAUUUGAUAUCAUUUUGUGUUCGUAAAUAUAUUUGCCUUUGCUUAUUCAUUUAGACACGUACGACUAACAACAAUAUUCCAAGUCAAACUUAUCUUGUUACUUGCAAAUUGCAGCAGCAACGAGAAUAUCUAACAAUAUGUACUGCAAUUAAAAAUAAUCAAAUGUCUGAAUUUCAAUUUUAUGAUCAGAUGUCAAUUAGCUACUAUUACAUAUUGCUUGAUUGCAAUAAAUCUUUUAAAAACCAGAUAUCACUUUACAAUCAGUCUAGAGCCGAUAAAAGUUUCACAAUCAUGAGAUAAGAUAUUGCACGUGAUGAAAUUUGGAUUAGAUGAUUGACACCUAUAGCCAAUAUCCUACUAAGACUGUAUCUUCGAUUAUCAUAUGAAAGUCGUUUUUUUUUUUUAUAU